AUGGCGAGCGUGGUAGUGAAGACCAUCUGGCAGUCCAAGGAGAUCCAUGAAGCCGGGGACCCCCCGGCGGGGGUUGAGAGUCACUCCCAGCUGGUUCCUGAGGCCCCCGGGGGGGUGACCAGCCCAACUAAGGGGAUCACGAAGAAAAAGAAGGCUGUGUCGUUCCACGGGGUGGAGCCCCGGAUGUCCCACGAGCCCAUGCACUGGUGCCUGAACCUCAAACGAUCCUCCGCCUGUACCAACGUGUCGCUGCUCAACCUGGCCGCCAUGGAGCCCACAGACUCCUCAGGAACCGAGUCCAUCACGGAGGACAGCGGGCCGCUCGCGCUGCCGGGGCCGCCCCCUUUCCCCAGUGUACCCUGGCCUGCCGAUGACCUCGACCUCUCAGAUGUUCUGAAUGGGGUCAACAGUGGACUGGUCCGUGCCAAAGAUUCCAUCACCAGCUUAAAGGAAAAGACCACCCGGGUGAAUCAGCAUGUGCAGACACUGCAGACUGAGUGCUCUGUGCUCAGUGAAAAUCUGGAGCGAAGACGGCAGGAGGCAGAGGAGCUGGAGGGGUACUGCAGUCAGCUCAAGGAGAACUGCCGGAAGGUGACUCGGUCGGUGGAAGACGCGGAAAUCAAAACCAACGUCCUGAAGCAGAACUCAGCCCUACUGGAGGAGAAGCUCCGCUACCUGCAGCUGCAGCUGCAGGAUGAGACCCCACGGAGGCAGGAGGCAGAGCUGCAGGAGCUGGAGCAGAAGCUGGAGGCUGGUCUCUCCAGGCAUGGUCUGGGCCCCGCCAGCCCACCCCAGGGUGGUUCCGGACAGCCCGGCAGCCCUGAAGAACCCCCUCGAGCACGCAACCUGGUUGCAGGUGGCUGGGGAAUGGGAUCCCGGGCGUCUGAGGGCCCCUACGUGAGUGAGCAGGAGAUGCAGAAGGUCUCCGCCGGCCUGGAGGAGCUGAGGAGGGAGGUAUCUUCGCUGACCGCCCGGUGGCAUCAAGAGGAGGGGGCAGUGCAGGAGGCCCUGAGGUUGCUCGGCGGCCUGGGUGGCAGGCUCGAUGGCUUCCUGGGCCAGUGGGAACGGGCGCAACGAGAACAGGCACAGACCGCACGGGGCCUACAGGAGCUGCGAGGCCGGGCUGACGAGCUGUGCACCAUGGUGGAGCGGUCAGCAGUGUCUGUGGCUUCACUAAGGAGCGAACUGGAGGGGCUGGGCCCAGUGAAACCGGUUCUGGAGGAACUGGGGCGGCAAUUUCAGAACUCACGGAGAGGAUCCGAGCUCUCCAUGAACCUGGAUCGGGCCCCCCAAGGCUCCUGUACCCGCUGUGCUAGCCAGAGCCAGCAGUUGUCCACAGAAACCCUGCAGCAGCUGCUGGAGCGAGCUCUGACGCCGCUGGUGGACGAGGUGAAGCAGAGGAGCCUGCCCCCCGCCUGCCCCAGCUGCCAGAGGCUGCACAAGAAGAUUCUGGAGCUGGAGCGCCAGGCCUUGGCCAAGCACGUCCGCGCAGAGGCCCUGAGCUCCACCCUCAAGCUGGCCCAGGACGAAGCCUUGCGGGCCAAGAAUUUGCUGCUGACGGACAAGAUGAAGCCGGAGGAGAAGGCGGCCACUCUGGAUUAUCUGCAUUUGAAGAUGUGUUCUCUCCACGAUCAACUCAGCAACCUGCCACUUGAAGGGUCCACGGGGACAAUGGGGGGAGCAAGUGGCGGGGGAAGUCCCCCCAAACGGGGGGGCCAAACCCCAGAACAAUAAAUGGCCCCUCAUGCUGGCAUGAA